AACCUCUCAAGACUCAAUAGAAACCCUCUCUUGAUUCGCCGUCAGCAUGGCAGGGCUGAACCGACUCGGAUUAGCCUCCGCCGCUGCCGCACAACCACUUUUUAACAGACUCCGGCGACUCUUAACAAGCCGUACCUACGGAUCGGCGGCGGCUGCUAUCCAAUACGAUUACGAAGAUUACUAUUCAGAAGCAGAAGAAAACUUAGAGAACCAACGCCACCGACAUUCACGGUUGCCGGAGACGAUAUUUGACUCGGCGGAGGCGGCUAACUGGGGAAGAGGAGUGCAGUGGGUGUUGAUAGGAGACCCAGGUGCUAAAAAGCAUGUUUAUGCUGAGAAAUUGUCGAAGCUUCUAGAAAUUCCUCAUAUUUCUAUGGGUACACUCUUGAGACAAGAGUUAAACCCUAGAUCUUCUCUUUAUAAACAGAUUGCCAAUGCUGUAAAUGAAGGAAAAUUAGUACCUGAAGAAGUGAUCUUUGGGUUGUUGUCGAAGAGGCUCGAGGAAGGUUAUUGUAGAGGUGAAAAUGGCUUCAUUCUAGAUGGUAUUCCUCGAACAAGGAUUCAAGCUGAAGUUCUUGAUCAAAUUGCUGACAUUGAUCUAGUUGUGAACUUCAAAUGUACUGAAGAGAAUUUGGUGAAGAAGGAAUUUCUUACAUUUAAAAAUGCUACUUCCUCUGUUACUGCUGCUGGAACUGCAUGGAAGGAAAAAUUCCGUAUAUAUGCAGAAGAGGGUAAGGCAGUGGAAGAUUAUUACCGGAGACAAAAGAAACUUGUCGACUUUCAAAUGGAAGCUGCACCUGGAGAAACCUGGCGAGGGUUGUUAGCUGCAUUGCACCUCAAGCAUCUAGGUGCUGUUAAUUCUUCACAGAAAUUGGCUGCUUAGCUUGCUCUACCAUUUGAUUUUUGGUGACAGUCUUGAUACAAUUAUCAACAUUGAGGUGCGGUAGUAAAUAUGUAUAAUAUGAGAGAAACAUGAGUUUUGGCUUGAUCUAGUCAAUUUUGAUAAUUUCGGACAUCAUGAGUUUAGGAUAUUUCAGUAGUACAAUUUUGAGGCUCUAAAUCUGUAAGGUAAUAUUUGAAGAGGGAGAAAAAAAAAAACUAAGAACUUAGCAUGACAUGUAAGACUUAUCUAAUUCAAGCAUGAUAUGUUUCUAUCAA